AUGGACCUCCCUCCUCCUCAGAAACGAAAGCGCUCCGCCUCUCCUCCGCCGGCGCCGGCGCCACUUCCACCAUCCUCUGCGCCCAUCGACCUCUCCCUCCUCGAAGCCCUAGAGAAAUCCCAGCAGAACCCCAUCGAGACCCUAGACCUCAAAACCCUAAAGAAGCUCGCCCUCUCCCUCGAGCGCCGCCUCAACGCUAACACCGCCGCCCGCCUCAGGUACCCCGACAACCCGGACAAGUUCGCCGACUCCGAGCUCGAGCUCCACGAAGAGCUCCAGAAGCUCAAGAUCCUCGCCGGCGCCCCUGAGCUCUACCCCGACCUCGUCGCCCUCGGCACCGUCAACUCUAUCACUGGUCUUCUCAACCACGACAACGCCGACAUCGCCAUCGACGCCGUCACGCUCCUGCAGGACCUCACUGAUGCUGACGUCGUCGAGGACAACGACGAGUCCGCGCAGGUUCUCGUCGACGCGCUCAUAGAGAAUAACGCAGUGGAGCUGCUCGUGCAGAACCUGGCCCGACUUAACGAUUCCGACCCCGACGAGUCCGCUGCCAUCUACAACACGCUGUCCACCAUCGAGAACCUCAUCGAGGUCAAGCCUUCAGUGUCCGAGCUCGUGUCUGAGAAGACCAAAUUGCUGAAAUGGCUCCAAGCCCGGAUCAAAGUACGCGAGUUUGACAGUAACAAGCAGUACGCUUCCGAAAUUCUGGCCAUUUUGCUGCAGAACAGUGCUGCCAAUCAGAAGAGGUUCGGCCAAAUGAAUGGCGUGGACACCUUGCUGCAGGCUGUGGCAAUGUACAAGUCUAAGGACCCAAAGACUGGAGAUGAGGAGGAGAUGGUGGAAAAUCUAUUCGACUGUCUCUGUUGCUUGCUGAUGCCACUCGAGAACAAGGAGAGGUUUGUGAAGGCGGAAGGAGUUGAGCUGAUGAUUAUUAUUAUGAACCAGAAGAAAUCCUGCUAUGGCUCUGCAAUCAGGGCUCUGGACUUUGCCAUGACUAAUUAUCCUCCUGCGUGCGAAAGGUUUAUUGACGUGAUGGGAUUGAAGACCGCUUUCCCUGCUUUUAUGGGUAAGAUACCUUUAAGUAAGAAGAACAAGAAAAAACACUACAAAGAAGAACUCGAAGAACGUCUCAUAUCGCUAAUUGCAUCACUAUUUGGUGGAAUAUUAAGGGGUUCAAGAAGGGAAAGGUUGUUGAGUAAAUUUGUAGAGAAUGAAUGUGAAAAGAUAGACCGACUUAUGGAGCUAUACAUGAGAUAUUCCGAUAGAGUGAAGGCAGAGACUGAACGGCUUAGUCAGCUUGAAUUUGAUGAUUUGGAGAUUGACGAAGAUGAGAAAUAUAGCCGGAAGCUGGACUCUGGACUUUAUACUCUUCAGUUAAUUGCUGUUAUUCUGGGUCAUCUUUGGACCUCUGAGCACUCCCGUAUGAGAGCAAGAAUUGAACUGUUGUUAAAGCAGCAAAAGCUGACUAAGACUGAUGUUAAAGAUAUACUUCAGGAAUAUCAUGACAACAUUGGUGAUCUUGAUGGACCAGAAGAGAAGGAAAGGGCUCAGUCAAGGAUCUUGAAAUUUAUUUCUGCCCUUACGUGA